CCUUCUCUGGUCAUCAAUUGUCAUAUAAUUCAAAGCAGCUACACAGAAAGCAAAGCAUAGAUGGCUUGUUCUGCUGCGGUGCAAGACCAGUCUUCACAUGUUCGAUCCAUUAGCCUGCCCUCCAGAUCUCAUCCGUUUGCCCUCAGGGUUGAGGAAGAGCUCCACAAGCUACGGACUUGUGUGGUUUCAUCCUCUUUAACAUCUCAGGAGAUGUGUAAUGGAUUGAGAAGGCUCAGAGAUCUGUAUGACUGCACCGAGGAGCUUCGUCACUUGCCUUACAACCAAAAAGCCCUCCGCCAUCCACAUCAAAAGAAGUGGUUGGAAGAGGAACUGGAUGGGUCCAUCAAGGUGUUGGACCUGUGUGGCACUUUGAGAGAUAAGCUAGUCACAAUGAAAGAGCAUGUCCAGGACCUUCAGUUGGCCCUUCGAAGAAGAGACACAAGUAUUGAGAGCAAGUUGCAUGCUUACAUUUGCUCUGGAAAGAAGGCACAGAAGGAUAUCAAGAAUUGCUUCAGAUCAUGGAAGCAAAUGUCCAACAAAUCUUCACCAAGUACUGCCGUUGAUAAGGAUUCCGAUUUAUCAAGUGUGUCAAAGUUGUUGAUAGAAGAAAGAGAGAUCACCAUCUCUCUCCUCCAAUCCAUAUCGAGUUUCUUUUCCGUUUCGAGGCCAAAAGCAAAGGCUAGCAGGUGGUCUUUUGUUUCGAAGGCACUGCAGAAGAGGAAGGUCGCCUCUGAGGAAGAGCACAAGGAGACAAGUGACAUGGGCAAUGAAGAUUUCUCAUUGUAUGUUUCUGUUUCAUAUAGCUGCAGUUCCUGCAAAGAUGUUGAUGAUGAGGAGGUACAGAAGGCACAUGAUCAACUGGAGACACUAAAGGCGAAGAUGGAAGAUCUUGAGACAGAAUUGGAAUGCCUGUACAGGCGCCUAAUCCAAAACAGGGUUUCUCUUCUUAACAUCCUUAGUCUCUAG